AUGGGAAAUAUCAAGCAAGAUUUAUCGCAUGAUCCUCCCUGCCAUCCGCGCGCAUGCGCCAUUCAAAAUUGCUUGACCAAAAAUUCCUUCCACGAGGACAAGUGUCAGAGCCAGAUUGACGCCCUGUAUGAGUGCUGCAAUGCCUUCUACCAGGAGCGAGGGGACCAAGCAUCCACCGUGAGCUGUCCCAAAGCCAAUCUGCUCCGGUUGAAGAUGCGGCAGCGGGCGCAGGCAGCCGAGCAGAGCCAUUGA